GCUGACGGAUGGCGUCACCACGGCGCGCUCAAGCGCCAGAGCCAACCCAGGCUGUCACCAGAAGGUUUCUUGGCUCCUUUUUCUCUCUGCGUUUUCCCCACCCCUAAAAGACUGACUCAAAACUCAGAGUUCCGCCACGCUCGACAGAAGGGUUUACCGCGUGAGCGGCGUAGCAGGAAGAGGCUCAGGCGGCAGCAACUGCUGAUUGGCAGCAAAGGAGUUCACUCCCUAUCGCCUGCUCGAACUGAGCCAGCGUAGCCAAUCAGAACGAGGACUGACAAAAACGACCCAAUCCUGGAGCUGGGCUGAGGGAGGGGGCGGGAACAAGUGGCCCAGGUGGACUUGGGACCAGAGCCGGCCUGGGGGGAGCUGGUUUGCGGAUGCUGCUGAUACUGCUGCAGUAGUACUGGAUCGUCAGGCAGAGCGCCCUCUCUUUGAGGGGAGUCAUGAGCCGCUUCCUGAAUGUGCUACGAAGCUGGCUGGUUAUGGUGUCCAUCAUAGCCAUGGGAAACACACUCCAGAGCUUCCGAGACCACACUUUUCUCUACGAGAAGCUCUACACUGGCAAGCCAAACCUUGUGAAUGGCCUCCAAGCCCGGACCUUUGGGAUCUGGACGCUGCUCUCAUCAGUGAUUCGCUGCCUCUGUGCCAUUGACAUCCACAACAAAACACUCUAUCACGUCACCCUGUGGACAUUCCUCCUCGCCCUGGGACACUUCCUCUCAGAGUUGCUGGUAUUUGGGACAGCAGCUCCCACAGUUGGUGUGCUGGCACCCCUAAUGGUAGCAAGUUUCUCAGUCCUGGGCAUGCUAGUCGGGCUCCGGUACCUAGAGGCAGAGCCAGUAUCCAGACAGAAGAAAAGAAAUUGAGGCCAGCCUUGCCAGCUCUGACACAUCGUCUUCCACCUCCACUGUCUUCUUCAUUCACCCUCUGUCCUUAAACCAUUUCUGUUUGGCUGCAUCCUUAUCUCCUUCAUCUAGGUUCAGCAUCUUAAGCUUUUGAGAGGGUUUUUGUUUUUUGAUCUUGGAUUUUGUUUUUGGGGGGUUUUUUUUAUGUUUUUAAAUUUUUUAAGGUAUUCAUAAGAAAAAUUACUUAACAUGUACGUAUAAUUUAGGAGUCAUUUAAAGAAAAUACUCUUGUUAAUCCUUCAAAGUCAAGGAAUUCUGAGAAGCCCCCUAAUGUGUCCUCCCCUAGCUAUAACCCCUCUAGCUCCUUUUCCAGUCUUUUGCUUUCCUCCAUUUCUCUGCAUUCCUUCAUCUGACUGGCGUGGUGGGAGCAUAACUGUGACGCCGCAGCUGCUGCCUGCCCAGAGCAGCCGCGGGUAAGGGCUGCUUCAAGGUCCUGAGCACAUAGACUGGGCUCCUUUCUACUGCUGGGCCCAGGGGACAGGCAGUUCUUCUGAGAAGGGCUGCCCUCAUGAGCAGGACCAGGCUCCUCUUUUAUCUACAGGUGGAUGAAGGUUAGAAGAGUCUGGGCUGUUUUUAGACCUUUUGGUCAACUGUAUUUGUGUAAUGCAUUUUAUAAUAAAUAGGGAAACCUUCUAUUCUGA